AUGAUUCUGGUACUCGACGGCAGAUCUCCAUUCCAAACCUGGCAGCCCCCUUUGGCCACCGAGGUCAAAAUCAGGCGCAACGGAACGUACGCCGGAGUCUUCGCCAGAAACUACCACAUUCCCGCAUCGCUUAAUCUGAGUGAGGGUGUGCUACUUCAAGCAAAGGAGGCUUUUUCUUUCUUUCUCCAUGAGCACACGCAGGUCACUGGUCUCAAGGGCUCGGGAACUCUUGCAGGAAAGGCGGCGGCAAAGCAGCAAGCGGGCACGCCCGACGUCUCUGAUACGGAGCAGGAUCGGGAUUAG